AUGGGAUUCGAGGAGCUGCUAGAGAAGGUGGGCGGCUUUGGGCCCUUCCAGCUGCGGAAUGUGGCCCUGCUGGCCCUGCCCCGGGUGCUGCUGCCCAUGCACUUCCUCUUGCCCAUCUUCCUGGCUGCCGUGCCAUCCCACCACUGUGCCCUGCCUGGGGCCCCGGACAACUUCAGCAACCAGGAUGCAUGGCUGGAGGCCCACCUGCCCCGGGAGCCUGACGGCAGGCUCAGCGCCUGCCUCCGCUUCACCCAUCCGCAGGCCCUCCCCAACAGCACGUUGUGGGGAGAGGGGCAGGACCCUGGGGAGCAACCAGAGGGUGAGCCCUCCACAGUGUCCUGUCCUCAGGGCUGGGAGUACAACCACUCGGAAUUCUCCUCCACCAUUGCAACCGAGUGGGACCUUGUGUGUGAGCAGAAAGGCCUGAACAAAGCCACUUCCACCUUCUUCUUCGCCGGUGUGCUGGUGGGGGCCGUGGCCUACGGAUAUCUGUCUGACAGGUUUGGGCGGCGCCGCCUGCUGCUGGUGGCCUACGUGAGCUCCCUGGUGCUGGGCCUGGCGUCUGCAGCCUCGGUCAGCUACAUCAUGUUUGCCAUCACUCGAACCCUCACUGGCAUGGCUCUGGCUGGCUUCACCAUCAUUGUGAUGCCACUGGAACUGGAGUGGCUGGACGUGAGACACCGGACUGUGGCAGGUGUCCUGAGCAGCACCUUCUGGACAGGGGGUGUGAUGCUGUUGGGACUGAUCGGCUACCUGAUACGGGAUUGGCGAUGGCUCCUGCUGACUGUCACCCUGCCUUGUGCCCCAGGCAUCCUUACCCUCUGGUGGGUGCCUGAAUCUGCCCGCUGGCUUCUGACCCAGGGCCGUGUGGAAGAGGCCCACAGGUACCUGCUCCACUGUGCCAGGCUCAAUGGGCGGCCUGUGGGUGAGGACAGCCUGAGCCAGGAGUCCCUGAACAAAGUGGCUGCCGCGGAGCGGACGGUCCAAAGACCCUCGUAUUUAGACCUGUUCCGGACACCACGGCUGCGACACAUCUCACUGUGCUGCAUGGUGGUGUGGUUUGGAGUGAACUUCUCUUACUACGGCGUGAGCCUGGACGUGUCGGGACUAGGCCUGAACGUAUACCUGACGCAGCUGGUGUUCGGGGCCGUGGAGUUGCCCUCCAAGCUGCUGGUCUAUCUGUCGGUGCGCCACGUGGGACGCCGCCUCACGAUGGCGGGAACGCUGCUUGGCUCCGCGCUCGCCUUGGGCUUCAGGAUACUGGUGUCCCCCGAGAUGAAGUCGUGGAGCACCGCCCUGGCGGUGAUGGGGAAAGGUUUUUCUGAAGCUGCCUUCACCACUGCCUACCUGUUCACGUCGGAGUUGUACCCUACCGUGCUCAGACAGACGGGGAUGGGGCUGACUGCACUGGUGGGCCGGCUAGGGGGGUCUUUGGCCCCACUGGCAGCCUUGCUGGACGGAGUAUGGCUGUCAUUGCCCAAGCUCGCUUAUGGGGGGAUCGCCCUGCUGGCUGCCUGCACUGCCCUCCUGCUACCAGAGACAAAGCAGGCACAGUUGCCAGAGACCAUCCAAGAUGUGGAGAGGAAGAGUGCCCCAUCCAGUCUUCAGGAGGAAGAGAUGCCCAUGAAGCAGGUCCAAGACUGA